UCUUUCUGGCAAAAGGACUCCCUUCAGUGACUGCUCGAUGUGCUUCAGCAUGUCUUCCUCACUGCGUCCUCAGUUCUUCUGUACUCGCCCAAAUGGCACUCUUACUCCCCUCAUCGCAGUUGACGAACUUCCAGCCCAUAUCACCAUCCACGGCGCUCCCCGUGUAUUGUCUCCGAACGAAACUCAGGGAAUGACAAGUUUGGGUGCUGUGAGCACGCGCGGCCAGUUCUAUUCUGUUGAAGGCGCUGCGCCUGCGAACGGCAAGAACCAACCUGGAAGCAAUGACUUGCAGUCUCACCUUCUAAGGCUCCUCAACGACGAGAAUAUACCAGCAGCCCAGCGCAAUGCACUCGGUGCUUUGCUCCAGCAGAGCCUUCCUCAGAGCUGGCAGGUGACGAAUCCUCCAACUAACGGGUGGCUGAUCUCCAACAAUGGCAGUAAUAGUGGUGCUGGAAACAGCCAACAGGUAGGAUGUCUUUACAAGCACGAGAUGCCCCAUGAUCGCGCUAUGUUGGAGAAACUCGGCCUACGUGACAUCCCCCGCUGGUAUCGUGACAAAUACAACAUCCCAAGUCUUCUGCCAAAUGGACAUGGCCAUCCACGAUCCAAUCCUGCAAAUGGAAAUGAAAUGUCUCUUCGAUCGAUUCAGUAUACUCCCCAAAUGGGAGCCUAUGGAGCAGGAGAGCAUUCUGAUAUCAACGAAAGUGUCAAGCAGGAUGCUCCAGCUUAUACUCCCCAGCAGCACCAGCAUGGGGUUUUGCUUCCAGGAACUCCUUUUAGCCCUCUAGCUUCUCCCACCGGUCCGUUUACUCCCAGGCAGGCACCAAGGAGCUCAUCUGGUCACCUUAACGCUGGCAACAGGAAGUUUGACCCGCUCCCCUUUGACCACGCGGCCUUCAUACCAAACAACAAUCCGCCCUAUCGCCCGUCGAACGAGGCCAGCUAUGAAGCAUUAGGGAAGUACCAGCACGAGAACGUCGUUCAGAAUUUCCCUAGUCUCACAUUGAACCCCAUUACCACGAACACAGAUUACCUCCCGGCUACCUUCGAUUCUCCCGUAAGCUCGGGCGGCUUCAAGCAUUCGUUGCGGUCACGCCGAUUGUACCAAGGAACUCACGACGUCGAACCAUCCAGUAGCCAAGACCUCAUUGAAGCUAACACCUUGCAUGCAUACCAUAAUCAGGCCACGGCAUCGUCUAAUGGGGCCUCGCCCACCUCUAAGACCACCGGCUCCGCGGUUGCCAGCCCGGUGGCGGACAUUGGUCGCAGAAGUACUAACUCUAACCCGCCCACUCGUGGCCCAUCUCCAAGCGCUUCAUCCCCUGGCGCUAGCCCUGGGGUAUUCCGCGGCCGGGGAAGGAAUAACAGAGGUCAAGCCAAGGCUUUCGGUACGAUUGGCACGAAGAGAUCCAAUGGCAAACAAUCGGUUGAGUCCUCUUGA